AUGGAAGUUGACCUUUGCUUUGUUAUGGAUUGUACCGGUUCUAUGGCAAGCCACAUUAACGCUGCUAAAGCCUGUAUCCUUAGGAUAGCAGCACAUAUGGAAACUUUUAAACCAAGUGUUACAAUUCGAUUCGGUUUCUGUGGCUAUCGCGACCACUGCGAUGGUGUUAACCGUCUGCAGAUUAUCCCCUUCACUGACUCGAAAGUGCAUUUCGAAAGAGAAUUAUCCACCGUUUCAGCAAUGGGUGGUGGAGAUAGUCCAGAAGACGUUCUAGGCGGUCUUAAUGCAGCCGUGAAUCAAAUGUCCUGGCGCAAUAAUGUCCGUACAGCCCGUAUAAUUUACCAUAUCGGGGACUGCCCACCACACGGAACACGUUAUAAAAACAGUAACGAUAGCUACCCUAAUGGCGACCCGUACGGUCUAACUGCAGAAAGUGUGUUAGGGGGGAUGAAAUCCAAACAAAUCUGCUACUUUUUCGGGAAAAUCACAGAACAAACUAAUGAGAUGAUUAACAUAUUUCGCGGCAUAAUUGGAGAAUUUCCAGUGUAUCUUCUUAACACUGUAAAUACGGAGAUGUUAGUCAACAAUAUUUUUGAUUCCACCUGUUCUGCAAUCAAAACUGCUGUCUCCCUAAUAGAAUAG